CGGGGAGACUCUACUCCUCCAUCUGUCCCACAUGGACGCGACGAGGCGGGCGGUGCUUAGUGGUACGGCAAUCAGCCACGCAUUCGACAACCUCCUCCGUCCUUUGGCCGACAACCUGAUAUGGAUGACCCGGAACAAGCUGGCCAAGAGAGCGCUGACCAACAACUACUUGAAAAAGCUGUUGCUUGACGCGUAUCUGGCCUUCGAAGCCCUCACCGACCACCCCUACGGCUUCUUCAGCUUCAUCGACGGGUAUUUUCCGCUUCUUUCGAGUUUUGACGGCUGCGCCAAGGUGGCGACCAACAUCUGCAUCGAGAAGUACCUGCAACAGCGCAUGCUGCAAGUGAUCGACAUGAGCCUUGAUGCGAUCUGGCUCGUCAUCAGCAUGCUGUCGCCGAUGGUGUUCGGAAUGCGGCUGCAGUUCUCACAAAACACGCCGGUGACUUUUUGCCCCCAAAACCGCAAGUCCAACAUCAUCGUGGUACCUGCUCGUGGACAUGCCCCGCGUAGCGGAGAUGCACAGGCUGCCGAUGGCCAAAAACUGAUGGAGCGUGUCCGGGAGAACAAGGAUGGCCUUGGACUGUCGGAGAUGUUGGAGGGCAUGUCGCUGGACGGGCUGAAAGACCUCUAUCGUUUGUGCUUUGGGCCGCGAGCGCCGGGAAAUAGCAGGUACCCCAACAGGGUGCUGUUGAUUGAGCUGUUCAAGACGGUGGAGAAGCUCUGGCGGGAGAGCAACCAUGGAAAGGAGGAUUGCUCGUCUGGGGUGGAGGGGGGGUACAGCCCGGACGGAGUCCAGACGUGCCAUAUGUUCAUGCUGCGGGCGGAGAGCCCCACAGACUUGGCCGUGCUCCUGUUGCACCACGUGGUGAGUGCCCCGUUGUAG